AUGUACUCUGAGUGGAGGUCGCUUCAUUUGGUGAUUCAGAAUGACCAGGGCCAUACCAGUGUGCUGAACAGCUAUCCUGAGAGUGUUGGGCGAGAGGUGGCAAAUGCAGUGGUGCGUCCUCUUGGGCAAGCCUUGGGUGCCCCUUCAGUGGCUGGUAAUGAGUGUAUGUUAAAAACUGACAAAGAAGUAAAAUGGACCAUGGAAGUAAUAUGCUAUGGACUGACCCUUCCAUUGGAUGGAGAGACUGUAAAAUAUUGUGUUGAUGUGUAUACAGACUGGAUUAUGGCUUUAGUGUUGCCGAAAGAUUCUAUUCCAUUGCCAGUUAUUAAAGAGCCUAAUCUAUAUGUUCAAAGUAUACUAAAGCACUUGCAAAAUCUUUUUGUUCCAAGACAGGAACAGGGCUCCAGUCAGAUCCGACUAUGCUUACAGGUCCUGAGAGCCAUUCAAAAACUGGCCCAUGAGUCAUCCAUCAUGGCCCGAGAAACCUGGGAAGUCUUAUUAUUGUUUCUUCUGCAGAUUAAUGACAUACUUCUGGCCUCACCAACUGUUCAAGGUGGCAUUGCUGAGAAUCUAGCCGAGAAGUUGAUUGGUGUUCUGUUUGAGGUUUGGUUACUAGCUUGUACUCGGUGCUUCCCAACACCACCUUAUUGGAAAACAGCCAAGGAGAUGGUGGCUAACUGGAGGCAUCACCCAGCGGUAGUAGAGCAAUGGAGCAAGGUCAUCUGUGCACUCACUUCAAGAUUGCUCCGCUUUACAUAUGGUCCUUCAUUUCCUCCAUUUAAAGUUCCUGAUGAAGAUGCCAGUCUGAUCCCUCCUGAAAUGGAUAAUGAGUGUGUUGCACAGACAUGGUUUCGCUUUUUACAUAUGUUAAGUAAUCCCGUGGAUUUGAGUAACCCAGCCAUUAUAAGCUCCACUCCCAAAUUUCAGGAACAGUUCUUGAAUGUGAGCGGAAUGCCACAAGAAUUGAAUCAGUAUCCUUGCCUUAAACAUCUGCCUCAAAUAUUUUUUCGUGCCAUGCGUGGAAUCAGCUGUCUGGUGGAUGCAUUCUUAGGCAUUUCUAGACCCCGAUCAGACAGUGCUCCCCCAACACCUGUGAAUAGAUUAAGUAUGCCUCACAGCACUGCUCUCAAUACCACCCCACCACAUAACCGGAGGCACCGGGCUGUUACUGUGAAUAAGGCCACCAUGAAGACAAGCACAGUUAGUACUGCUCAUGCCUCAAAAGUUCAGCACCAGACAUCCUCCACCUCUCCUCUGUCAAGUCCAAAUCAGACUAGUGCAGAACCCCGGCCUCUGCCUGCCCCUCGGAGACCAAAGGUUAACAGCAUCUUGAAUCUUUUUGGAUCAUGGUUAUUUGAUGCAGCAUUUGUUCACUGUAAACUUCAUAAUGGAAUAAACAGAGACAGCAGCAUGACUGCCAUUACAACACAAGCUAGCAUGGAGUUUCGACGGAAAGGGUCACAAAUGUCCACAGACACCAUGGUUUCCAAUCCUAUGUUUGAUGCAAGUGAAUUUCCUGAUAACUAUGAAGCAGGAAGAGCUGAGGCUUGUGGGACACUGUGUAGGAUUUUUUGUAGCAAGAAGACUGGAGAAGAGAUUCUGCCAGCUUAUUUAUCCAGAUUUUACAUGCUUUUAAUUCAAGGUUUGCAGAUAAAUGAUUAUGUGUGCCAUCCUGUCUUGGCCAGCGUUAUUCUAAACUCCCCUCCUUUGUUCUGCUGUGACUUGAAAGGGAUUGAUGUUGUGGUUCCUUACUUUAUUUCAGCUCUUGAAACCAUUUUGCCUGACAGAGAACUCUCAAAAUUCAAAAGCUAUGUAAAUCCAACUGAAUUGAGAAGAUCCUCUAUUAAUAUCCUGCUUUCUUUGUUGCCCCUGCCUCAUCAUUUUGGCACAGUCAAAUCUGAGGUGGUCCUAGAAGGAAAGUUUAGUAAUGACGACAGCUCUUCAUAUGAUAAACCGAUAACUUUUCUGUCCCUGAAGCUGAGACUUGUGAAUAUACUAAUAGGUGCCUUGCAAACAGAAACAGACCCCAACAACACUCAAAUGAUACUAGGGGCAAUGUUAAAUAUUGUUCAAGAUUCAGCACUUUUAGAAGCUAUUGGUUGCCAAAUGGAGAUGGGUGGUGGAGAAAACAACCUGAAGAGUCAUAGUCGCACUAAUAGUGGCAUUAGUUCAGCAAGUGGUGGAAGCACAGAACCCACAACUCCCGAUAGUGAAAGACCUGCUCAAGCUCUCCUAAGGGAUUAUGAUUCAGCUGCUGGGCUCCUGAUUCGCAGCAUUCAUCUCAUCACCCAAAGACUCAACUCCCAGUGGCGGCAGGAUAUGAGCAUAUCAUUGGCAGCUCUGGAGCUCCUCUCUGGCCUGGCAAAGGUAAAGGUGAUGGUUGACUCAGGAGACCGGAAGCGAGCCAUCAGUUCCGUGUGCAGCUACAUUGUAUACCAGUGUAGUCGGCCAGCUCCUUUUCACUCCCGGGAUCUGCACUCCAUGAUAGUGGCAGCUUUUCAGUGUCUCUGUGUCUGGCUGACAGAGCACCCUGAUAUGCUUGAUGAAAAGGACUGCCUUAAGGAGGUACUGGAGAUUGUGGAACUGGGUAUCUCAGGAAGUAAGUCCAAGAAUAGUGAGCAAGAAGUCAAGUACAAAGGAGAUAAGGAACCAAACCCUGCCUCUAUGAGGGUAAAGGAUGCUGCUGAAGCCACCUUAACAUGUAUCAUGCAACUGCUUGGCGCAUUUCCUUCCCCCAGUGGUCCUGCGUCUCCCUGUAGUCUAGUGAAUGAGACCACUUUGAUUAAAUACUCCAGACUACCAACCAUCAACAUGCAUAGUUUCCGGUACUUUGUCCUGGAUAACAGUGUCAUCCUGGCAAUGCUGGAGCAACCUCUUGGAAAUGAACAGAAUGAUUUUUUCCCUUCUGUCACUGUGCUGGUCCGGGGAAUGUCUGGAAGACUUGCUUGGGCACAACAGCUUUGCCUUCUACCCAGAGGAGCAAAAGCAAAUCAGAAGCUUUUUGUGCCUGAACCUCGUCCAGUUCCUAAAAAUGAUGUUGGAUUUAAGUAUACUGUGAAACACCGACCAUUUCCUGAAGAGGUGGACAAGAUCCCUUUUGUGAAAGCAGAUCUGAGCAUUCCAGAUUUGCAUGAAAUUGUCACUGAAGAACUAGAAGAAAGACAUGACAAAUUAAGGAAUGGCAUGGCCCAGCAGAUUGCUUAUGAAAUACACCUCGAACAACAAAGUGAGGAGGAAUUGCAAAAGAAAAGCUUUCCUGAUCCAAUUACGGAGUGUAAGCCCCCACCUCCUGCCCAGGAAUUCCAAACAGCACGCCUUUUCCUUUCACACUUUGGAUUUUUAUCCCUAGAAGCAUUGAAGGAACCUGCAAAUAGUCGUCUACCUCCUCACCUUAUUGCACUUGACUCCACAAUACCUGGAUUUUUUGAUGACAUUGGGUAUCUGGAUCUCUUGCCAUGUCGUCCCUUCGACACCGUUUUUAUUUUCUAUAUGAAACCUGGUCAGAAGACAAACCAAGAGAUUUUAAAGAAUGUGGAAUCUUCCAGAAAUGUUCAGUCACAUUUCCUAGAAUUUUUACUAUCCCUUGGCUGGCCGGUAGAUGUAGGCAAACACCCUGGUUGGACUGGGCAUGUUUCCACGAGUUGGUCCAUUAACAGCUGUGAUGAUGGUGAAACAUCUGAACAAGAUGAAGUAAUUUCCUCUGAAGAUGUUGGGGCUAGCAUUUUCAAUGGGCAGAAGAAGGUGCUGUAUUAUGCCGAUGCCCUUACAGAAAUAGCUUUUGUGGUUCCUUCUCCUGUGGAAUCCUUAACUGAUUCAUUGGAAAGUAACAUCUCAGAUCAAGAUAGCGAUUCAAAUAUGGAUCUUAUGCCAGGAAUUUUAAAACAGCCAUCCCUGACACUUGAGCUUUUCCCCAAUCAUACAGACAAUCUUAAUUCCUCACAGAGGCUCAGUCCCGGUUCCAGAAUGAAGAAGCUGCCUCAGGGUCGCCCUGUACCUCCCCUAGGACCUGAGACCAGAGUUUCUGUAGUCUGGGUGGAGCGCUAUGAUGAUAUAGAAAACUUUCCCCUCUCAGACCUGAUGACAGAGAUCAGUACUGGUGUGGAAACAACUGCAAAUAGUAGCACUUCUCUGAGAUCUACCACUCUGGAAAAAGAGAUCCCUGUCAUCUUCAUUCACCCUUUGAACACUGGAUUAUUCCGGAUAAAAAUUCAAGGAGCCAUUGGGAAGUUUAACAUGGUCAUCCCUCUUGUGGAUGGGAUGAUAGUCAGCAGGCGAGCACUUGGUUUUCUAGUGAGGCAGACAGUAAUUAAUAUUUGCAGAAGAAAAAGACUGGAGAGUGACUCCUACAGUCCACCACACGUCCGCCGGAAACAGAAAAUCACUGACAUUGUCAAUAAAUACCGGAACAAGCAGUUGGAGCCAGAGUUUUAUACUUCACUUUUCCAGGAGGUUGGACUCAAGAACUGCAGUUCUUAGACCAUUGUCUAUCUAGGACUAUUUAGCUCCAGUUUGGGGGCUGUAAUAUCAAAGCAAAACUAUAUGACAGGUAAUCACUGUAAAAAUAAAAACAAAUCACUCCCCAAGAGCUUACUGUUUAAUCACCAGAGUAGAAGAAACACAUUAUAACCCCAUUUGAUAGAAGACUUUCUGCUUUCUAGUGAAAUGGGCUCCCAGACACAAUCAUAUUUCUGCUGGUAAUGGUGAUACACAUUUUAGCCAUAAACUUUCUUUUUAAGGUGACAAUUUUAGUUAAAUAUAAGCUGUUUCGGGAGAAAGGCUUUUAUGCAGCUCAGUUAAACAUGUGCAUUGUUAGUAUAACAAAUUUGCAAAUUAGAAGUUGAAGAUAGUUGUAUACCUCACUUUUUAGGAGGUUGUGUUCAAUAUUAAAAUCUGUCUCCAAAUCUUUCAGGACAUUUGAAAGCUCAAAAGGUAUUGAUAGCAUGGAGAAGGAGGAAUGAAAUCUCAGCCUUCUGCUCACUUGCAGGUCUUUUUGUUGUCCAAUUUCCAAACUGGCAAAAAAGAGCAUAAAUGUUUUUUACAAAUAAGUCUAAUAUUAAAAUUCUUCAUAUUUUCCCUACACAUGUCAAAAAGUUAUCAGUCUCAUCACUGCACAGAAGAUCAGUCUGAAGCCUCAGUUUCUGGGAGACCCAGGAACAGACCUAAAAUGGAGGCAUGGCCUUGUCCUUUAAUUGCAACACAAAUGAAGUUUGUGGAGUUACGAGUUGUAAGAAAGCAGUGAUGCCUCCACUUUUUCCAUUAUGGUCCAGCUCAGUGACAUAAUGGCAGGUUAAACAUUUGUAAUCCCUUGGUAAUUUCUUGAUUAAGUGUCAAGAAAUGUAAAUUCACAACAAGGGUUGUUAAAAAUUACUUGGUUUCGUGCAUUGUCUCUUAUUUCAGGACCAAGCUGGAAACUACAAUAGUUUAUGAAGGAUUCUAAUUUGGGGUUCAGGAAGUAGCCUUUCAACACUAGUAAUUCAUAUCUCUCCCAGAGAGCUACUGGAUUUCAUCAAAAUUGACAAACAUUAGUGACCACCUCCUUGGGUGGCUGCUCUUAGAAAUGGCUGUUGUUGUCAUGUUUUCUGGACUUUGCCAGCUGAAGGCACAACAAAUCCCUGCCAGGGAUUUGGAAAUACUGCUGUUACCUAGCUGCUACUUUUCUGCCAGGGAUGAAAGAUUUGAGGUGGCCAAACCCAGAACAUCCAUGCAAGGAUACCUGUUACAAUGCUAGAGUAUACACUACUCAUUUCUACUAUUCUUAUCUGCUUUCUUUUUAAUAAUUAAAAUUUUAUUAUGUUAAGAAGAUAAGUGACAUUUGAAGUCCAAAGAAGAGUGAUCACAGGUGUAUAAGAGGUUUUUUCACUUGAACUGUGACAUCAGUAGAUUCUAUAGGUCAGAGCUACAAUGGUCUAUUUGAUUAUUUCUUUUGAUUUGAUGUUUUGGCAUUUUAAUUUGGGGGUAGGGUAGUACCUAAUUUCCUGUGCAGAUAUUUCUCUUCCAGAAAUGUGUAUCUUGCCAUCUGUGAGCAAGAGACACGGUCAUAGCAGCUCAGUUUUAAGGUUGCCAUACCCUUUUUGUCAUGUUUGUUUUAAGCUCAGGUAAAGGUAACCUCCACCUUCUCUAAGUCCAUUUUCUAUUCAGGGUAUACUAUUAUUCAAUAAUUGAUUUCCUUUUUAAGCUGGGCAAUAAAUUGAUGUUCCCAGAUGGUAGCAUGGGAAGGGGAUGUAACAAAGAUUAGCAAAUUCUACCCUUAAAAUGUUUUAAUAGCUCAGCAAGUAUAAAAGAUGAAGUUUGAUAACUUUCAAAGAAAUUCCAGAUUGAUAUUUCUAGGGGGAAAAAUGGGCCCUUGAUCUGGUUAAAGUGAACAAAGAAAGGGAUAAAUUGAUGUGCAACUUAUAACAUUCCAGAGGUUAAAAAUAACUGCUAUAGAUGUUGUACUUCCUCAGUGUGAUUCUUCAGAUAAAAUUUUUUACCUUCAGCAUAGUUCUCAUGUCAGAAAAAUGUACAGGUAUGUGUGUAUUGGGGGUGGGUUUGCUAAUCUUUUAGUUAGGUCCAAUUUCUGGCAACUUUUUGUAAUUCUGAUGGCUUUAACAAGUGAACAAACAUGUUGAAUGCAGUUUGUAAUCUAGACGACUUUGUGGUCUCCUAGGGACAGAGGAAUGGGUUCAGUGACGUAGAGUCCCUGAAGGCAUGAAACCCCCAGUGUGUACAGCACGGAAAAAAUAUGGGAUACACAUCCCUAAUCGGACUGGUUCCUUCUACUCAAAAUAACAUCUAAAAAAGGGAAUGUGGUAAGAACUCUUGGACCUUUCACUAGUACAUGUUUUUGAGUUCAUGGUCACUCAUUUCACGCAACUGCCUUUGUUAAAAAUCACUGAGUAGUUGAUGCUGGAGGAGCAAACUUAGUCCCUGAUAAUAAUUUUUAGUAGUCCACUUGGUUAAUUUCCUAGCAUAUGUCCAUAACAUUUGGAGGAAGCCAGGACCACUUUGGUCUGUGACUUUUAACAGUUUAGUUGUCACCUGUGAUGGGUUGCUCUUAGGUCUGCACUGGGGGAUCCAUGAGUAAGAAAGUAUAAGGGACAGAGGUAGGUAGCCCCUCGUAUUCCUUUCUCAAGUUUUUUGGGGGACUUUUCUCCUCCUCUCUAGGAGUACUGAGGACAGUAAGGAGGGCUUUUGCCUUUCAAUCCUUUUCCUUGUUUAAACUCUCUCCCUUUUGUCCAAUGCUUCCUCCAAAGGCUCCCACCCCACCCCCCUGCUUCUGUCCAUUGGCGCUUUGAAAGGAGUUACGUGGUAGGUGACCUCCCAGCUUCCCUGGCUGCAUACACACACAUACACUGAGACAUCCUCCACUUCCAGGUCCUCUGUUUCGGGGCAGCCCAUUCUCCUCUGGAUUCAUUUAUAAAUACAAAGUAUCUCCAUCUUUGGCCAAUCACGCCAGUUGUCUCUGGGUCCCUGUGUGGGCCCUUCACAGUUCACCUUCUUCAUAGCUGGGGAAGCAUUUGUCAGGCUCUACAGAACUGGUUUCAGAGAUGCAGAAACUUGGUGAGUAUCUAUUUCUGUUGGAAGGUGAAACUUUCUCAAAAUGGGAGUCAGCCUUGCUCAAAGACGUAUGUUGUGGUAGAUGGUGAAAAAUGUAUUUGAAGUCAUUUGACACUCUUCCUGGCAGUAGUUCUCUAUUCAGCGUUUAAAAGCUCAUUCAGGUUAUAUAUUCCUAAAAAGAAUUGACUUAUAUGUUUACACGAAACAAUAAAUUGAGUUAGAUGGUCUGUUUUUAAGAUUUCCAUUAUAGCCUCUUUUCCUGAGAUGAAGAGAUUGUAGGUAAUCCAUUCAUACAAUGUGGAAUCAAACUGUGGGUUUCUCAGUAACUAAAGAAGCCAUGUACUGUAUAAUGUUUUCUCAGAAUAACAACUUAUGUUCUUCAGAUGUUUUUCUUUUUUUAAUGCUGAGGGAAAAGGUAUAAUUUGGGAUUCCACAGUGCCUUGCAUAUAGUAGGCGCCCAAUAAAUAUUUGUUGAAGCAAACCAAGUUUCCCAAGUCCUCGUCUCUUACAGUGACCAAGAACAUCUUUCUCCUCUGAAGGGCUUGGCAGUUGUGGCUAUAAAAUAAGCAGUAUCAUUUGCUUGAAAUCAUAUAUACUAUUGGUAUGAAUUUCGGUGUGUUGCCAAGACAUGAUCUUUUUCUUAUUGUAUUUUCUGUAAAUAUUUCUGGCACUGAACUGUAAAGUAAAGGUGAAAUGUAAAUAUGAAGGUGUACUGUGUCCCCUUGCCUCCUGUGUUAUAUCUUCGUCGGUUAGGCAAGGAGGCCCAGAAACUUGUUUAUAUUUAUGUCAAUCUUUUGUCCAGAAGAAACCCAUGGAUUAUUGAAUGUAAUACAUUUAGUCAAUUAAAUUUUAAGGAGAUUUCUUCUAAUAA